AUGUUGAGUAUCGCUAGCAUCACGCCCCUGCAGGUGGUAGGAGCAGCUAUCGCCACAUCCGGCCUCUACCUCUUGGGAAGAUGUAUCUACAUACUUUACCUUCACCCUCUAGCCAAGUUCCCGGGCCCUAAGCUGGCUGCCCUCUCAGAUGCGUGGUGGGCAUGGAUGUUCACAAGCGGUCGCGGCGCCCAGAUCAUGCUGGAUGUGCACCGCAAGUACGGCGAUGUGGUGCGUAUUGCGCCCAAUGAGCUGUCCUUCUCCAGCGUGCAGUCGUACUUCGACAUCUACGGCCACGCGGGGAGCAAGAGCCGCGCCGAAGGGCGAUUUCUCAAGACCGAGUUCUACGAUCUAGGUGCGCCCCGCAUCAAUACGGUGCGGGACCCAGUGGUACAUGCGCGACAGCGGAAGGCGUUGUCGCACGCCUUCAGCGCGAAGGCACUCCGUGACCAGGAAGAUGUCGUGCAGCAAUACGUUGAUUUAUUUGUCAAACAGCUCACGCGGCUCGGCUCGGCUGGGAAGAAGGCCAUCGAGGCCACAGAGGCGUAUAAUUGGCUCACGUUCGACAUCAUUGGGGAUCUUGCCUUUGGCGAGUCGUUCAACGCGGUUGCCGACGCCAAAACGCACUUUUGGAUCGCACAGAUAUUUGAUGCUACACAGUACAUGCUGGUACAGCAAGUGAUAAAAAGAGUGCCCCUGCUCAAGUAUGUCGAGUCGUUCCUGGUACCGAAGGGCUCGGGGGAGAAGUUGCAGAUACACACGCAGCUCUCACACGACAAGGCGUUGAAGAGAAUGCAGCUGGGACCCGAUCUGCGGCCUGGUAAGGAGGAUUUCUUCGGCCACAUGAUCCGGAAGGGAACGAUUACGGAGACCGAGAUUGCGGCUCAGGCCAGAGUCCUCAUCCUGGCGGGCUCCGAGACGACAGCGACGGCGCUGAGCGCGAUAACCUAUUAUCUUCUGCGCAACCCAGCAUGCCUGGCCGAAGUACAAAAGGAGGUUCGCGGGAGGUUCAAGGCCAUGGAUGAGAUCACCGGCGACUCGGCAGCUGGCCUAAAGUAUGUGCACGGUGUGAUCGAAGAAGGGCUGAGACUGUCUCCGCCUGUCGGGAGCGGCUUGCCACGCCAUUCACCUGGUGCUGUCGUUGAUGGACACUAUGUCCCUGCCGGCGUUAUCGUGACGAACGGCAACUACGAAAUGGCCAGAGACCCUCGCUACUGGCACGACCCAGAGGCAUUCCGGCCCGAGAGGUGGAUUGGCGAAGGAUAUCACGACGAUAAGAGAGCCAGCCAGCCCUUCUCAACGGGCUCCCGAGGCUGCCUGGGCCUCAACUUGGCCUACCUCGAAUUGAGGAUAAUCGUGGCCAAGAUCGUGUUCGCGUUCGACUUUGAGCUCGAGUCGAAACACCUGGGUGACUGGAACGACGAGUGUAAGCUAUACGCGCUCUGGAGGAAGCCCAAGCUGUUUGUCAAGUUCCACCCGGUGGUAUCAACGGCCAACUAG